CUUAGUGACGCUGUACGGAAGCGGGAACAAGAUGGCCGCGCCCUUUAAGCGGCGUGAAGAUGUCGGCGGCUGUGCUGGAGCAGGGGGAGGACGCGUUCCGCAAGAUAUUCCGCCUCUACCGGAGGAAGAACCCGCCCGCCGACCUGUCCGGGGUGCUGGAGUACCGGCCCGGGGAGUCCAGACUGCGGGGGGCGGAGCUUUGUGUUGGCGCGGUGACUGAUCAGGACGCGGCUCGGGUGGGUUUGCAGCCGCUGCACCAGUGGUCGGCCUAUCAUGUGGACGGAUAUCCAGGUUUCCUCUUCAUCGUUAACCCCUUCCUGCCUGGUUGGCAGCAUCGCUGGGUGCGCCAGUGUCUGAAGCGGUAUCCACGGAAACCUAAUGUGUGUAACCUGGACCUGCACAUGAGCCUGGACGGCGACCUUUGGGGCCUCAGCCACGCCCAGCUCCGGAAGAAAUCGUCCCAGGGGCGGAGCGAGAAGACGCUGCUGGAGAAGCUCCGCUGGGUGACACUCGGCCUCCAUUACAACUGGGACACCAAGAAAUAUUACCGGGAGCACCAGAGCCCGUUCCCGGUGGAUUUGGCAGAGCUGUCGCGUUGCGUGUCUCUCGCCUGCGGAUUCCAAAACUUCAAGGCAGAGGCCGGAAUCCUCAACUAUUACCGCAUGGACUCCUCUCUGGGCAUCCACGUGGACGAGUCCGAACUGGACCACAGCAGCCCCCUCCUGUCCUUCUGCUUUGGACAGUCCAGUAUUUUCCUGCUGGGGGGUCUCAGCAGAGAUGUGGCCCCCACCCCGAUGAUGAUGCACAGCGGUGAUAUCAUGGUGAUGUCAGGUGCUAGCCGUCUCCUGUACCACGCGGUGCCACGGAUCCUGCGCCAUCCUGGAGGUGGUGUCCUGCCGCCCUGCUUGUCUGUGUCCCCCUCCAGUGAUGAGCGCGAUGCCCUCCUGGAGCCCUGCUCGCCCGCAGACUGGGAGGUGUGCGAGUCCUAUCUGCUGUCCUCCCGCAUCAACAUGACGGUGCGGCGGGUCCUGGAGGAGGGCGGCAGCUUCCCUGCGGAGGGCGACACGCUGCAUAUAAAGGCGACGCAGGGAGACACUUACCAUGUGGAGGACGAUGAGAGCGAAGGGGUGAAACGUGUGAGAACCACAGUGAAGGACUGAGGGGGGUCAAUAAAUAUUUAUAUUCUGUAAUAUCGCUGCCUCAUUGGUCAGUUCUGUGGCUCCGCCUACCUGAUGCCAAAACACUAAAAGGUGCUGAAUGUGCAGGAACCAAAAAUACUUUAUUACCAUUGACCCCAAGGGGCGGCCUGUAAUGUGGUCCCUUCUUCAUCUCUUUAUCCCACUCACCGUAAGGGCCCCAGAAUGAAACGUUCUCUUGCCUUGUAUAUAAGAACUCGGCUCUCUACAGAUACAUCAUAAUCUCUCUAGUGGUGAAAGACGAGCUAUUAAAGGGGUACUUGGCUGGAAAACACUUUCUUUUUAAUCAACUGGUGUUAGAAAUUUAAUCAGUUUUGUAAAUUACAUCUAUUAAAAAUCUUAAUC